GAUCCUGCUGUAGUUUCUCUGAGACGCUUCGCUCGUUCAUUUCCGUGAUUCUUCUUCAAUUUUCUCGGCUACUUUUAGAUUUCUAAAGCUGUUUAUUUGCCACAGAUUUGGGAGACUUAAACGCGUGUCAUGGCCGAAAUAGCUAAGGGGGUCAACGCCGGAAAACUGGCUAGUAAUGUACAGAAGAGGAUAAACCGGGCACAAGAGAAGAUGAUGCAGAAGCUGGGAAAGGCUGAUGAGACCAAAGACAUGGCAUUUGAGGAAGUUGUGGCUAACUUUAAUAAGCAGAUGACUGAAGGCACAAAACUGCAGAGAAACCUGAAGGCAUAUGUGGAAGCAAUUAAAAUAAUGCAUGAGUGUUCCAAGGGUCUUCAAGACUGUCUAGCAGACAUGUAUGAGCCAGACUGGUUUGGGAAGGAGGAGGUGGACUCCACCACAGAGGACAAAGAUAUCCUUUGGGAAGAUUUCUAUCAAAAGCUUAUGGACAGUGUUCUUAUUUCUAUGGAUACUUACAUGGCUCAGUUUCCUGACAUUAAGGCACGCAUUGCUAAGCGAGACAGAAAACUGGUAGACUUUGAUAGUGCCCGACAUCACUUUGCCUCUACACAGAAAAGCAAGAAAAAGGAUGAGGCAAAAAUUGCUAAGGCUGAGGAAGAUUUAGGAAGAGCUCAAAAAGUGUUUGAAGAGAUCAAUUAUGAACUUCAGGAGGAGCUUCCAUCUUUGUGGAACAGUCGUGCUGGUUUCUAUGUGACAACCUUUCAGAGUAUAGCUGGAUUGGAGGAGAAGUUUUACAGAGAGAUGGGGAAACUAAAUCAGAACAUGUGCGUUAUUAUGACCAAACUAGAGGAACAACGACAGGCCAAUGAAGUUGCAGCCAGCCACAGUACCACACUGGAGUCUGGGACAUACACAUCUACUCCAGCAUCUAAGACAGAAACAACUCCUACCUGCCAGUCAAAUGCAGCCACUGUUGUGACAAACGGCUCAUCGAAUGCUGAACUUCCAGCCGGUGUAAUAUUUAAGGUGAAAGCAGUACACGACUAUGCAGCCACAGACAAUGAUGAGCUGGACCUCAAAGCUGGGGACAUUGUGCUUGUGAUGCCCUUUGCCAACCCCGAUGAUCAGGAUGAAGGUUGGCUGCUUGGUGUUAAGGAAUCACACUGGCUUCAGAAUAAGAACCUUACCCCUAAAGGAGUGUUCCCUGAAAACUUUACACAGAGAUUGUGAUUUUAUUUUAUUUUUUGCAUCAUCUCCUUUACCACUAUUAUAGCCACUUUUUGUUUUUACUGCAACAAAUGUUGUAUUGUAGUUUUAAAUACACUGGACUUAAUGGUUUCAUGGUUUAAAGUGAAUUGCACUACAAAGGGAAAAGUAUUAUGCUCUUAACAUCUCAUUUUCACUUAUCCUUGAGGAAAACAUCUAUUACACCCUUGAACAUGAUAUUUCUGUAAAGUAAUGCUUGGUGGCUAUAUUUUAACAUUUUUAAUAAUAAAUAUUUAUUAUACAUAUGUAUAGUAAAUAUCAGUCUGUACU